AUGCACCAAUUCAUCUCAGACUUUUGCCCGCAAACAGCUUCUUAUAAUCAACCCCCAGGAUCUAUCGAAAACAUAGAGGCCGAAAUAAAUAGUGACAUCGACAGUCCAUUUAAUUUAAAAGAACUGACAAUAGCGAUUGAGUCAUGCAACAAAAAAUCUAGCCCUGGGUUAGACCAAAUAGACAACAUUAUGCUCAACAACACUCCAAACAACUAUAGAGCGCUGCUUUUACACACCAUAAAUGAUAUAAUUGCCAGCGGAAGGUUUCCACGAGAGUGGAAAGAAUUCCUGGUAAUGCUACUACCCAAAAAAGAAAAAAAUAAAUUCAGACCUAUCACAUUAGCUUCAUUGGGACCCUUCUACAGACACAUUGGAGUCCCCCAAGGCUGCGUUCUAAGCCCGACCCUCUACCUCAUUUAUGUUAUCUAUCUCAACCGACACAUUAAUCCUAAAAACAAUAUCAUACAAUUCGCAGACGACACAAUAAUAUUUACAAACAAUAAAUCUGUAGAAGAAGGCCUAGCUACAUUACAAAACAACACAAGUGAGAUUAUCAACUUUUUCCAAUCCAUAGGACUAGAUAUAGCUCCGAAUAAAACACAAUUGAUCAUCUUCUCCAACAAAAAUAUAGAUCCCAACAUAUCUAUCACCAUAAAUGGACAUAAAAUUAAAAAUGAACAAGCUGUUAAAUACCUUGGAGUAUGGCUCGACUCCAAACUAAACUGGAAUACACACGCACAAAAUCUUAUUGAAAAAAUACAAAAAACUAUAAAUAUUAUAAAAGUCUUGAGAACGACUUGGUGGGGAGGACAUCCUCAAGUACUCCUCAAUGUCUAUAAAGGUUUGAUUAGAAGCAUCACCGAUUAUAACUGUUUCUGUAUAAAUAUCAAGAAUCCAAAACUAAGAGAAAAAAUCAACAAGCUACAAUACAAAGCAAUCAGAUUGGCACUAGGAUAUAGAAACUCUACACCUAUCAAUGUCAUGCUGGCAGAAUCCAAAGAAGUCCCCAUAACAACCAGAACGGAGUACUUAGCAGACAAACUAGCGGUCAAGAUCAUAUCAAUAGAAUCAGAUAGACUUUCUAACAUGCUCUGCGAAUUAUUUGUCCUAGCAAGAAAUAAAAACAAAAUUUUCACCGUAAGCUCUUUCCCUUUAUUCAAAUCAUUUAUACACUACUUUUAUCACAGAGGUCACUUUAUCAAAAAAUUUAACUUACCACUUCCUUACCCAUACAAGCUUGAAACAAUGCUAAAUGACAAAGAGGACGAGAUCAUCUCAAUAAAAGAAGGUUCUAUCAUACAAAAAUCAGAAAACCCCAAUACUGCAUUUGAGGAGAUGUUUUAUAAUAACCCAUCCGAAGAAACGGUUGACUUUUUUACUGACGGUUCUAAAACAGAAGACAAAAAUCACACAGGAGCAGCAAUUUAUUCACCAUACAAUAAUCUCGAAAAAAAAUUCAAAUUCAACAAAAUUGCAUCCAUAUUUACAGCUGAAGCAUUUGCUAUUUUACAAACACUGAAAAUAGUACUAAACAAAAAUAUAAAAACUUCCAGAAUUUUUACUGAUUCCCAGUCAGUCCUACAAGCGAUUAAAUAUUUCUCCCCACUAAAAACAAAAAAUAUGUCUUAUCUUAUUCUAGACAUAAAAAACCUAUUAUACGAGAUUAUAAACAAAAAACUAAAACUGAAAAUUUACUGGAUACCCGCUCAUAAAAACAUUACAAAUAACGAAAUAGUAGACAAAUUAGCUAAAGAUGCCAUUACAACAGGUGAUCAAGUUGACCUAAAACUUCCAUACACUGAUAUGUUUGAAGAAAUCAAAAAAAAGGAACACAAAAGCUUCAGAAAAAAACUAGACCACGAAAAAACAUACAAGGGUAAACUAUACUUCGAAAAUUAUUAUGAAGAUACUCCAAAACCCUGGUUUUAUAAAACCAUUGCUAACAGAUAUCAUAUAACAACAAUUAACAGAAUUCGUUCAAACCACUACUCUCUAGCAGAGAGUCUAUUCAGGAAAAACCUAACCGACUCAGAAGAAUGCAAAUGCGGAUUCCUCACAGAAGAUUUAGAUCACGUUAUAAAUGAAUACUUGAAAAAAACAUUUAAAAUGCCUAACAGCAUAGAAGCAAAAUUUCUAACAGAAUUUUUCAAAGCCUGUAAUUUAGCUUUAUAA